AUGGCGGAUUUGGAGAUUCCCUCACAGUCACCGCCGCCGCAAGACGCCGGAUCCGGAGAUGAAGAAGAAGAAGAAGAAGAAGGGACCGCUGGAACAUGGCAGAUCUGGAGAUUCCCUCACUGUCACCGCCGUCGCAUGGCGUUGGAUCUGGAGAUGAAGAAGAAGAAGGGACCACCGCCGCAUGGCGCCAGAUUUGGAGAUUCUGUAACCCCUCGACAGUACUUCUUGUUGCCCAACUGCGUAACAGUGGAAGAAGAAUUCACAAAACCCAGAUAA